AUGGUUUUCGCCUUUUCACCGUCCAUUUUCAAACUCCAUUGCUCCUCUUCUCCUAGCAACCCCACUUCUACCACUACCACCACUCGUCCUGCUGUCAUUCUUCCAGGGUUAGGGAACAAUACAGGGGACUAUCAGAAGUUGGAGGUGACAUUGCAAGAGUAUGGGGUACCCACAGUUGUAGCUAAGGUGUCAAGAUUUGAUUGGCUGAGAAAUGCUGCUGGUUUGGUGGAUCCGAACUACUGGAGUGGCACUCUAAGGCCUCGACCUGUUCUUGAUUGGUAUCUGAAGAGGGUUGAGGAGGCUGUCCAAGAAGCAAAGGAGCUGGCACAAGGUGGGACUUUGUCCUUGAUUGGUCACUCAGCAGGAGGAUGGCUUGCACGUGUCUACAUGGAAGAAUUCGGGCAGUCUGAUGUCUCCUUGUUAUUGACUCUUGGUACUCCCCACUUGCCACCUCCAAAAGGCGUAUCAGGAGUAAUUGAUCAAACAAGGGGUCUCCUUUAUUAUGUUGAAAAACAUUGCAUGAAAGCUGUUUAUACUCCUGAAUUGAGAUAUGUAUGCAUCGUAGGGAGGGAUGUUGUUAGGGAGAUAUCACUGUCAGUGCUUGAUGUGACUUUUCCCAUUAAAGAAGAUAAGCUGUAUAUUCAAGGGGCCCGCUUCUUGGGCGAGUCAAAAAUGGAAGCUAAAUCCAUGGUACCUGUUGAGAGCGAUCAACCAAGUGCAGAGGCUGUACUAGUGGAUGAUAUGGGCAAUUCAGCUUCUACUGCACCCAACUUUCGUGCUCGUUUUGUUGGGCAAGGGUAUAAGCAGGUAUGUGGGCAGGCGGAUGUUUGGGGUGAUGGAGUGGUGCCAGAAGUGUCAGCCCAUCUGGACGGUGCGCUCAACAUUAGCUUGGACGGAGUAUACCACUCACCGGUUGGUUCAGAUGAUGAGCUGAGACCAUGGUAUGGUUCUCCAGCUGUUGUGGAGCAAUGGAUUCAUCAUCUCCUCAACUGA